UGUGCCAGUACACACAUUAUUCUCUACAGAAGUUCUCCACUCUAGAGAAUAAUCUUUGCAAGAAGUAGAGCGUACAGAUAUUUUUUGCUGAAACCAUGGGGAAAAAGAUUUGUGUGAUAGGAGCUGGCUCCAGCGGAUUGACCGCUAUCAAAUGCUGCCUUGAUGAAGAUUUGGAACCCACCUGCUUUGAGAGCAGUGAUGAUAUUGGGGGUUUGUGGAGAUUUAAGGAGAAUCCAGAAGAUGGCCGAGCCAGUAUCUAUAAAUCUGUGAUUAUAAACACUUCCAAGGAAAUGAUGUGUUUCAGUGAUUAUCCCAUCCCAGAUGAAUUUCCAAACUAUAUGCACAACAGCAAGAUAAUGGAAUAUUUCCGCAUGUACGCCAAGAACUUCAAUCUCCUAAAAUAUAUCCGGCUUAAGACGUCUGUGUGCAGUGUAAAGAGACACCCUGAUUUUGCUACCACCGGACAAUGGGAUGUUGUGACGGAAUGUGACGGGAAGAAGGAAUCACAUAUAUUUGAUGGCAUUCUGAUCUGUAGCGGACAUCACACUUUCCCACAUUUACCAUUGCAUUCAUUUCCAGGCAUUGAGAAGUUCAAAGGCCAAUAUUUCCACAGUCGGGACUAUAAGAACCCACAAUCAUUUCAGGACAAAAGGGUCAUCGUCAUUGGCAUUGGAAAUUCUGGAGGUGAUCUGGCUGUAGAGUUAAGUUCUGUUGCAAAACAGGUCUAUCUAAGCACCAGAAGGGGAGCAUGGGUUGUUAACCGUGUCUGUGAUGAAGGUUUUCCACUGGACGUGGUCCUCUACAGUCGAUACAGAUUGCUCCUGAAACAAUUUAUGACAACAGAAAUGCUGAACAACUGGGCAGAGAAAAAGAUGAAUGCACGAUUCAAUCAUGAAAAUUAUGGAAUAAAACCCAAGCAUAGAAUUUCCAGUCAACAUCCAACUAUCAAUGAUGACUUGCCGAAUCGUAUAAUUGCAGGAAAAGUACUUAUGAAAUGCAAUGUUAAGGAAUUCACGGAAACAGAUGCAAUAUUCGAAGAUGGAACAGUGGAAAAAAAUAUUGAUGCGGUAUUCUUUGCCACCGGAUACAGUUUCUCUUUCCCAUUUUUCGAUGACCCAGCCCUCAAAGUGGUAAAUAACAAGAUUCCACUAUACAAGAUGGUGUUUCCACCAGUUUUGGAGAAGACUACGGUAGCAUGUAUUGGCCUCAUUCAGCCCAUUGGGGCCAUCAUGCCCCUUUCAGAACUUCAAGCUCGAUGGGCCACAAGAGUUUUCAAAGGACUGUGCAAACUCCCUUCAAAAGAUGAUAUGCUGGCAGAUAUAGCCAUGAAAAAAAGAGAGCUGGAGUGUCGGUAUGUGGAGAGCCCACGACACACCAUCCAAGUUGACUUUCUGGAAUAUUUGGAUGAACUUGCCUCUCAGAUUUGUGUAAAACCCAAUGUACUGCGAUUCCUGUUUACAGACCCUAAGCUGGCCUGGGAGCUAUUCUUUGGUCCUUGUACACCUUACCAGUACCGUCUCACCGGAGAUGGAAAAUGGCCUGGUGCAAGGAAAGCCAUACUUUCACAACGCGAUCGCAUCAUCAAACCAACUAAAACCCGUGUCUUAGAUGAUGAUAUGACAAAGCACAAAUCUCCCAUCUCAUUCCUUCUGAAAAUAUUGAGUAUUUUUGCCAUCCUUUCUGCAAUUUAUUUUGUAUACAUUUAAAGCCAGAUCUGUAACUAUAUAGAAACAUAGAAUGUGACGGCAGAUAAGAACCAUUCGGCCCAUCUAGUCUGCUCAAUUUUCUAAAUACUUUGGCCUUAUCUUAUAGCUAGGAUAGCCUUAUGUCUAACCUAUGCAUGCUUAAACUCCUUUACUGUGUUA